AUGAGGGGCUCGCGCCGCCGCGCGGAACCGAGCAACGGCCACGGUCACGUGACCACGCUCACCGAGGGAAGGAGACAACGUCCAACCCCAGAGUCACUAUUCCCAGAAGACAGCGACCAACCCCCGAGUUACCAAUACCAGAGAGAAAGACCAACCCCAGAGUUACUAUUCCCAGUGACCAACCCGAGUUACCAUUCCCAGAGACAGCGACCAACCCCCGAGUUACCAAUACCAGAGAGAAAGACCAACCCCAGAGUUACUAUUCCCAGUGACCAACCCCAGUUACCAUUCCCAGAGACAGCGACCAACCCCCGAGUUACCAAUACCAGAGAGAAAGACCAACCCCAGAGUUACUAUUCCCAAAGUGACCAACCCGAGUUACCAUUCCCAGAGACAGCGACCAACCCCCGAGUUACCAUUCCCAGAGACAGCGACCAACCCCCGAGUUACCAAUACCAGAGAGAAAGACCAACCCCAGAGUUACUAUUCCCAGUGACCAACCCGAACAGUGACCAACCCGAGUUACCAAUCCCAGGGAGAAAGACUAACCAGAGUGGCCAUUCCCAGAGAGAAAGACCAACCCCAGUUACCAUUCCCAGAGACAGCGACCAACCCCCGAGUUACCAUUCCCAGAGAGAAAGACCAACCCCAGAGUUACUAUUCCCAGUGACCAACCCGAGUUACCAUUCCCAGAGACAGCGACCAACCCCCGAGUUACCAUUCCCAGAGACAGUGACCAACCCGAGUUACCAUUCCCAGAGACAGCGACCAACCCCCGAGUUACCAUUCCCAGAGAGAAAGACCAACCCCAGAGUUACUAUUCCCAGUGACCAACCUGAGUUACCAUUCCCAGAGUGA